AUGUUGAGCCGUGCCGCACGGAAAGAACUGAGAAAAGCCUUUAUCGAUAAGAACUUUUGCUCUGCUGCGGAAGGAAGGAUGUGGUGCGCUCUUUGUCGCAAAUUGCUGGAAUUGGACAACCGUGCGGGGGUCCUCGACCACUUCCAAGGGCAUAUCCGAGAUGGAUCUCAAUUCAUGAUCCCUGGGCAAACGAAAUAUCCAGACACCAACCGACCGAGGCAGGCAGAAGUUGAACCAUCGGCCAGAUCCCCGAACGAAGGCAACGAUGAUGUUGUCGAUCUUACUCGACGCGGAAUUCUUAUCAGUGAAAGCAAAGGUUUCAAGCGCUCCAGUGCAUCAGAGUCGAGCGGGCUCUCGACGUAUACCUCGUCCUUGGGAGGCCCUCUGAAUGCCUACGUCUCGAAAUGCUCCCGCAGGCCUGAGAUGACUUGUUCCGUGGCCGACAAUCUACCCCACUAG